AUGGUCGGAGGAUCUGGCUGGCGAAUCUUCAAUGCAGCAUCACCUCUUGGUGGAAACAAACGGAAGCUGUCUAUUGCGAUCGCCUUGGUUGGCUUACCUGGUGUCGUGUUCUUGGACGAGCCUUAUGCUGGCGUGGACGUGCUCGCCAGGACACGCAUCUACAAGAGACUCACUGAGAUCAAGGAGCACACGAAAUGCAGCAUGGUGCUUACUUCACACAGCAUGGAAGAAUGUGAGGUGGCUUGUGACCGGAUAUGUAUAAUGGUUCAAGGUACAAUGGUCUGCUUGGGAACGCUACAGCACCUCAAGGACAAGUUUGGCAAAGGCUGCAGUAUCAAAUUCUUGCUUCGUGACAACGCAAACAUCCCAUUGCAGGAAAUAUUGAAGGCUGUGGACAAGGUAUUUCCCGGCAUGACGGUAUUGAAUCUCGCCGAAGAAAAAAUUGAAAUCCGGACUCGUGAGAGGCUUCCUUGGAGUGUUCUAUUCAACAACAUUGAAUCAUUGGACAAGGACUUCGCUUUCGAGGGAGUUCUUGCUUCGGAUACAACCUUGGAGCAGUUGUUUAUUGAAUUCGCUGAGAAAGGUCAAAAUGAAAAAGAGUUGCAGUCCACUAGAUCAUCAGCAGCACUUGCGCUAUCCGCAACGGCGUCAGUGGCACCAGCAUGACCAUCAGCACGUCAGCUUCAGUUUUACUAUCCG